UCACUUCGUACUUGUUAAUCCGCCAUCGGUGACUGGGCGUCAAUUUCCUCCGAUUUUAUUUAAUUUGUGACAUCCUUCCAAAACUGUGCAGCCUAUGUGAAUGUUCUGUCUAAGUAGGAUGUCUCUGGGGUGCGCAGUUUCCCCCCACCCCGGUGCCAUUCAGGCUAUGUAGUUCCACGAGGGCGGAUGAAUAUACGGUGGUGAGACCUCUAGUCCGUAGUGCGUGUGUGCAAGCUAUCAAUGGAGAUUAGUUCGUGCAGCCGGCUCGUGGAGUUCGCGUCGUCGGAUAUCAACACACGCACGUGGCUUACAUCACGCGAUUAGCACAGCUUCAAAAAUCUCAAUUUCCACUGUGAAAACGACAGGAGAAGAUGCUGUCUUUGCCUCAGGAUUAGUGCUAGGGAUCUGAGAUCGGCCAUGGAUAGCGAAAAGACUUCAGUUGAUCCGGCGAGGGGAGCUCGAAAAUAUCCGUGGGCUACGAUAGUAUGGGGACUGGCAGUGACUAUUUUCAGCGUUGGGUCUGUACUUUGCUUUUUUGUGUUAAACCAGAGGAUUUCAUACGUGGAGCUCGAAUUAUCGAGGUUACAUAGCCUCCAAGAGGACACAUUACGCGACCAGGUGCAAAGUUAUGUCGAGACGGAAGUUAACAGAUUGAUGGAGCAAAAAGUCAAUUCCCACAUGGAGAGAAGAGUUGAGCGUAGCUUGGGCGAUUGCCAGUGUCCGCCGGGGCCCCCAGGUACCCCAGGUCUUCGAGGUUUCCCCGGCGAGAAAGGACGGAGAGGUAAAAAAGGUGAACAAGGUUCGGCUCAAUCCCGUUCAACUGGCUUUCCUGGACCUAUUGGCAUUAAAGGAGAAGUUGGCAUUGGUUCACAGGGUCCCCCUGGGAUGCCAGGUCCCAUUGGCCAACCUGGUUACCCAGGCAGCAAAGGUGAAAUUGGAUCCCCAGGUGUAGGCAUCAGAGGACUUCCUGGCCCCCCAGGGUCUCCUGGAGAACCUGGCAGUAAAGGAGAUAAGGGUGAUUUGGGUAGCCCAGGCAGAUCGGGCUACAACGGAGUUCCAGGGAUAACUGGAAAACCUGGACAAAAGGGAGAGAGGGGCUUGUCUGGACAACCUGGUCUGGCUGGAAUGACUGGUCCAAUGGGUCCAGAAGGAAAACGAGGGGAGAAGGGUGACAGGGGACAGAAGGGUGACAGAGGUCAAAAGGGUCAAGAGGGUUUAAUGGGAGAACCCGGCUUGGAUGGGCCAGUGGGACCACCUGGGCCGCCAGGUACCAGCUAUGAUCCAGACACUCAUAUGAAAAUUGUAACAAUUAAGGGUGAAAAGGGAGACCCAGGCAUGAUGGGACUUCAAGGUCCCCCCGGGGUACCAGGGAGAGAUGGCAUCAAUGGAACCAAUGGGUUACCAGGCAUGAAUGGUGAGGAUGGGAGAGAUGGCAACAUUGGACCACUGGGACCCGCAGGAGACAAAGGUGAACCUGGCAGAGAGGGGCCUAUGGGUUUGCCAGGCUCAGCAGGUCUCCCAGGAUUACCAGGAGAAAAGGGAGAAAAGGGUGAUAUGGGAACCAAUGCUGAGCUGUUGCAGGGACCGCCAGGACCUGUUGGCCCAGCAGGACCACCUGGGGAUCCUGGACGAGAUGGAAUGAAGGGUGCUGCGGGUGAACCAGGUCUGCCUGGACAAAUUGGACAGCCUGGACUGCCAGGACCUCAGGGGCCACCUGGAGACAAGGGUGACACCGGUGACAUCGGUCUUCCUGGAGAAAGAGGCUUGCCUGGUUUGAAUGGAACAGCUGGGCGCGAUGGUAUACCAGGCACACCAGGCCCUGAAGGGAAGAAGGGGGAUGUAGGAGAGCAAGGCUUGCCUGGAAUGAAGGGAGGGAAGGGUGAUAGAGGAGAAAAUGGCUUGAAGGGUGACAUCGGGGUUCCAGGGGCAACAGGACCCCAGGGAGAAAAGGGCAUGAUGGGAUUGCCUGGACCAAAGGGCAUCAUGGGAGGGCCUGGCACACCAGGAGAGAAAGGCAGCGAUGGUCAGAUUGGACCAAUAGGAUUGACUGGUGAGAAAGGAGAAAAGGGAGAUGCUGGGUUACCAGGUGAAACCGGGGCACCAGGCAUGCAAGGUUUGGAGGGUCUUAAAGGCACAGUAGGUCCCCCGGGUCCAGUCGGUCAGCAAGGCUUGAGUGGACCGCCCGGUCAGAAGGGAGAAAAAGGCUCUAUCGGACUAAGCGGACCUGCUGGUAAUAAAGGAGAGACUGGAGAACGAGGUGAAGUUGGUCCAACAGGAGCUAUGGGCCCUGCUGGGGAGCCUGGCAGAAUUGGCAGAGAAGGACCAAAGGGAUCCUUGGGCCCACCUGGUCAUCAGGGCGAAAAGGGUUCACAAGGCAUUCAGGGUGAGCCAGGCCCCAGGGGUGAAAAGGGUGAUCGUGGAUUAAGAGGAGAACAGGGUUCCAAAGGAAAGAGAGGGAGGAAGGGGGUCAAAGGUCAACCUGGUGAUCCAGGACCCCCUGGUCUGGAUGCGCCAGUACCCGUGGGUUCAAAUGGGUUACCGCUACCAGAAUGCUGCUACUACCAACCUUAGAGGUCUCGAAAUGUUUAGUCUGACAUGAGGGCGCUGUUCAGCACCAUACCAACUUAUGGAACACCAGGCUGGUUCCUGCCAUGUCAUUUUUAGUACUACACUGUAUGGAUAUGUACAUAUAGCAGAUUUAUAAGGGGAAAAAAAGAAACAAAAAUAAACAGAAAUACUUAUAAUAAAAAGUUUAUAUAUUUUUUAUUGUAUUCUAUUUGGGGAAGAGUGUCUGCAUGAGAAAUGUGCGGGUCAUUGUCUGGGGAAUGUGCGUAACAUUUGAAACUAAGGGCCACAUCGUCUCAUCCAAGGAGCACUGACAGAAUACAAAGUUUUUCUGGUUCCUGACAUGAUAUUUUUCUGUAUGAAAGGUGGAAAUGUUUCUAUAAAAGGUGCUUUAAUUUCGCAAAGUAACUUCCGGUAAACCUACAUACUUUAUAUGGCUCUUUGUGUUGUGGCUCUACAAAUACAUGGCAUAAUGCCAAAUCCUGUCUCUUUUUGGUCAAGACGAGACACUCUUCAUCUUCACGUUGCGUCUUCCCCAAACUUUGCAGGACGGGGAAAUUUACCGAUAUUCAUGCACGACUUUGUGAUUCAUAAUUAUACUGGGUUGCAUAAAGUAGCCUCGUGUACCACAUCUACUUUAGCCUGCAUACUCUGUGCUACUGCCCAAUCACAUUGUAAUUGGAAAUUUAACUCUUCAUGUUGAAAGACUGGGACAAGGAAAUUUGCUUGAAAUUUAAUUGGCUUAUGGAAAUGUUAAGUUGGAUGUGAUUUCUAGUUUAUUUUCCUUCCAUGUCUUCAGUGAGAAGUAUUUGUUGUCUGUUUCUUGGAGAGGGGUUGUCAAUCAAACUUUCAUGAUCCCUUUCAAGGCAUGCCUUGAUAUUUUUCAGAUAAGUGAGCUAAUUUCCUUUUUAUUUAAACUUUAAAAUGCUCCUCGAGCAGCUCUUUUUAUAUCUGGAAUAUGUUUUACUGUCGUUAGCUCGUGUUGUAUACUAGUUUUGUAAAUAAAAGUACAGUUAAACCAUCACCGUAUAUUUCAUUUUUAUUGGCUGAAAUUCAUAAUGAAUAUGUACAAAGGACAUUACAGCAUUUGAUUGGACACUGACAAUGAAUAUGCAUUUGUAUUGGAAUGUAUGCAUGCUAUACAGUGUAGCUUUUGCGAUAUUGCGGAAUGAAUAAUCAUAAUCGUUACUGGUUCUUCUAAAUGAAGCCUUCCAUAUACGGUUAUAAUUCAAUGGGCUAAUUCGGUAUUUCAACAGCAACAUGUCCAGAAUGAAACGCGCCCGAGGUCAUUCGGGAACAGAAUUACACGCGCACGAUGUCUGUCCUAUCAGCGCCGUCCGAAACGCGACUCGUACUCGCAAGCGUGGUUUACUCUCAACUGACCUAGCCUUUUUGAAUUACCGAAUCGGCAGUCAUUUUUAAGCUGUACAUAUUUAUGCACGAUUGUUUUUAAAAGGAGUAUCCGUUGAAAAGAUAUUUGUUUGACGAAAACUCUGAAAUGCUGUUUUCAGUCAUGCAAUUGUAGUCGUAAAUAAUAUAAAUAGUCAAAUAGCCAUUACUGUCCAUUUAUUUAUUUGUUUUAUUUAAAGAUUGCCUUGGUUUAGAACUUUUACCGUGCUUUUGUGUUAUAUUUGUAUCGUAUUGCCUUGUCUGGUAUUACUGUUGGUGUUCUAUUGAAAAAUAGUGAAGUUGAGAAUGUUAUCGCAUGACUUUUAAAUGUUGCUGUGACAUGAAACUGUUCUGGAAAAGUAACAAAGUAAGAGGAAGUCAGUGACUGUCAGGUUCGAUUGUGGGCGGUUUUGAUUAAUUUUCGUACUGAUUUCAGCUGAUUUUGUCAUGAGUGAAAGAUUUUUUUCCCCAGUGGCGCUGACACUGCCCAUAAAUUUUUUUCUUGUUUCUUGUUCAUCAAAUGAUUUUUUCUCAGUCAUUUUGUUGAAUUCUUGUCCCUUUAAUUGCGUGUAUUGCAGUGUCAAACGGAGGAAUCAUGCAGUUGUGGACGAUUUUUCAAUUUUGAAAAGGUCAAAGUUUAAAAUCAACUCCACCGUGACUUAAAAUUUGACGGAUGAAUCUGUGAUCUUUUGAUUAUGUCCUCCUAUGAUACUGUGUUUAAAUCACCCAGAUAACAAUAUUUUUGUAUUUGAAUUAUGCACCAGUAAACCUAAAAUGGAAUAAUGAGGGGCUGCAUUGCAGAAAUCGCUUGCCCAAGGUGCUUCUUGUAAUAAUAGACUUGAAAGAUAUUAGUGCGUAUCUAAAUCAUUUUUGAGGACAUUGAGUAAAGUGUUAACUCAAUUCAGUCGGUGUCUUUGUGAGUUGGAAGAGACAUCGCAAUUUUACUUCUUUUUGAAGCGACAAUCAUUGAUUACUCCAUCAAAGGUGACUGUCUUUUCCCACACUCUGCCUUAAGUUUGAUAUUAUGCAUGUCAGCACCUGUUUCGUGACGUCACAAAAUCUUAGCUCAUGUAUUUUACGUGUAAAUUAUGUAAAGAUACUGCAUUAUGAAAGGACGUCACCCUUGUGCCAUAGAGUGUCUGAUGUGCAUGCAUUCAGCUAGCUGGUAAGAACAAAAUGCUAAGCGAAAGUUGGCACCUUGUAUAACUUUCCUAUCUGGAAAUUUUGGAGUGGCAGAAAUUUGACGGAGCUACCAAGUACAGAUAUUUGCUAAGGACUGUGCAUGUUUUGCAUAGCAACGAAACUAAAUUCCGAAAUUCCGCGCGAUGUGUAGGCCUGUUGUUUGUGGCUGAUCUCAUUGUUGCGUUUUCAGAAUGAAACAGGCUGGAAAUACGGUGAUGAAUAGAGAUCAGACUGAAAUGGUCGGACAUAGGGAGUUCGUUUCUGUCUGUUGAAAACGCCGAGGCUUGUAUUUAGAUGAGGGGAAAUUAAACGUUCUAGUGUGUUUGAUUUCAGUGUUGUCUUUAAUACACGUGGGAAUCUUUUGGACAUUACAGCAGAAAAGUUUGAGUGGGUUGGCGUUUUUUGAAUAUAACUGAAUGCAUGAACUACAUCACGGUCAUCAGAUGUUGCUUUCUCAAGAAAUAUCAAAAACACCAAAUUUUCUUUUAAUUUCUUGACGUCGGUCUAAAAUAAAAUGUAACACUCUACUUUCAAGUUGAGCAAUUUUCUUUAAGCGAAAGGUCCUAUUGUUUGAGACGAGGAGUAAUUUAUUUAAUAAUUAGGUUUUGUAAAUGACUUUAACUGUAAAGCUUUGUCAUAAGCUAGACUUCCAUUUUGUUUAUUUGAAUAUUCUGUAGAUAGCAUACGUUCCGUCAUGAAGUAUGCAAAUAAGCUAUAAGAUUAUGCAAAUUACAUAUUUUACAUAUUUAUAAGGUGCUCACGAAUGAUGUAUUUGCUGAAUGUUUUAUCUUGCCUAAGUCAGUUUAUUACCUCAUUGGCGAGAAUCGACCUGUAAAAUCAAAUAAAUGUUGAUGAGGGUUCAUCAUCAUAAUGUACAUAA